AUGGCAGCCGAGAUUCUCCAGAAUGUGCCCCUCCCGUCCAUUGAUCGGCCAUUUGGCGUGCACCUGUGGCCUAUCUUCGAUAAGGCCUUUGAAGUGGUCAAUGGAUACCCGGCCAGCGAGUUCAAGUUCCAGGAGGGUGUGACCCCCAUGUCCACUCUCAAGGAGACCGCGAUGAUGAUGGUUACCUACUACGUGGUGAUUUUCGGUGGCCGUGAGGUCAUGAAGAAACUCCCCGCCUUCAAGCUUAACACUCUAUUCAUGAUUCACAACCUGAUCUUGACUAUCAUCAGUGGUGUCCUGCUGGUCCUGUUCUUGGAGCAGCUGAUCCCCACCCUCUGGAACCACGGCGUUUUCUACGCUAUCUGUGACCACAAUGGUGGUUGGACCCAGCCUCUCAUUGUUCUCUACUACCUGAACUACCUCAACAAGUACUGGGAGUUCAUCGACACCGUUUUCCUUGUCCUCAAGAAGAAGCCCCUGACCUUCCUCCACACCUACCACCACGGUGCCACUGCUCUUCUGUGCUACACUCAGCUUAUUGGUCUGACUGCUGUGCAAUGGGUUCCCAUCACCAUCAACCUGCUGGUCCACGUUGUGAUGUACUGGUACUACUUCCAGAGUGCCCGUGGUGUCCGUAUCUGGUGGAAGAAGUACAUCACCAUGCUGCAGAUCCUCCAGUUCGUCAUUGACGUCGGCUUCAUCUACUUCGCUUCUUACAGCUACUUCUCCUCCACCUACUUCCCCUGGGCUCCUAGCGUGGGCAGCUGCGCCGGUGAGGAGUUCGCCGCUUUCGCCGGUAUUGCUAUUAUCACCUCGUACUUGUUCCUCUUCAUUGGAUUCUACAUCGCCACCUACAAGAAGGAGGUUAAGGUCGGCCGUCCCCGUCGCAACACCGGCAAGAAGUCCCUGAUCGACAUGAAGAACUUCGAGAUCCCCUCCCCCGUUGCCGGCGCCAAGUCCAACGGCUCUGCCUCCUCCACCGGCCGCUCCAACGGCCCGGUCACUCGCUCCCGCAAGGCAUAA